GGUUCGCGAAGCUUCCGCGCGGCCCCGAAACAGUUUGAACUCCACAUAGAGCUCUCGCCGAGGGUUUGGGCGGCGGCGGAGGGAGGAGGAGAGAGAUAGGCGGCCAUGGCCGGGAAGAAGCCAGCGGCUGUGAGCACCGCGCCUUCCGAGGGCGAGGAGAGCGCCGUCAUCCCCAGCUCCGCUGCCAAGCGCGGGCCCGGCAGACCUAAGAAGGACCCCGUCCCCGCCGCCGCCAGCCCCGGCUCCACUGCCAAGCGCGGGCCUGGGAGGCCUAAGAAGGACCCCGUCCCCGCCGCCGCCGCAAGCCCCGGCUCCAAGCGCGGGCCCGGGAGGCCAAACAAGGUCCCCGCCCCCGCCGGGUCCGGCGAGGGCUCUGCUCCGGAGCCCGGGAAGAGCGAGAUGGGGAAGGGGGAGAUGGAGAAGGCGGCGACCCCGAAGAAGCAGGGGAAGGGGGAGAUGGAGAAGGCGGCGGCGCCAGUGAAGACGGAGAAAGGGGCCAAGGUUGCUACCAAUAAGAAGAAGGACAAGGGGGAGAUGGCGGCGUCCCCGGAGAAGAAGGAGAAGGCGGCGACCCCGAAGAAGAAGGACAAGGGGGAGGAGGCGGCGACGCUGCCGAAGAAGAAGGACAAGGGGGACAAGGCGGCGGCGGUGCCAGAGAAGAAGGACAAGGGGGAGAAAGCUGCUACCAAGAAGAAGAAGAAGGAGAAGGGGGAGAUUGCGGCGCCCCCGGAGAAGAAGGAGAAGGGGGACAAGCCGGCGAACCAGAAGAAGGAGAAGGAGAAGGGGGACACGGCGGCGGCCCCAAAGAAGAAGGAGAAGAAGGGCGGCGAGGCGGCGGAGCCCGGAUCCAGAUCCGGGAAGCAGGAGCCGUCCGGCGAAGCGGGCAAGCCCAAGCCCAAGCCCACGCCCAAGAAGACGAAGCAGCAGGCGUCAGACGGGGCGGCCAAGGAGACGCCCAGCAAGAGGAAGCGCGACGACGCCGGGGAACCCCAACCCCAGAAGGCGGCCAAGAAAGCUGACAAGGCCACGCCCACCAAGAAGAAGCAGGCCUCCUCCGGCGGCGCUGAGAAGGCCACCACGCCCAGCAAGACACCCCAGAAGGCAGCAAAGAGCGCCAAUAAAAGCCCCGGCAAGGCGGAGAAGGCCACACCGGCCAAAAAGCAGCAGCCCUCCGGCGCGGCGGAGAAGGCCACGCCCACCAAGAGGAAGCAUGGCGAUCUGGAACCCCCAAAGGCGGCCAAGAGCGAGCAGAAUGGCUCUUCGCCUGCGAAGAAACAGAAGGACAAGGCAGCAGGGGCGGCGCCGGUGGCCGCCGAGCCGGGCAUCUGCAGCUUCCCGAUGGCGCGGGUGCGGCUGCUGAUGCGGGACAAGGACGCCACCAUCCGAUCUAACAACGAGACCGUCUUCCUCGUCAACAAGGCCUCGGAGUUAUUCUUGGAGGCAUUUGCGAAGGAUGCUUAUCAGAAUGCCCUGAAGGAACGCAAAAAGUCAAUUACCUACGAUAACCUUUCGACGGAGGUGUGCAAUGAGAAACGGUACAAGUUUCUAUCAGAUUUCGUGCCGCUGAGGGUGACAGCCGGAGAUGCACUCAAGGCUGUGGUGGAGCGGUCCUAGGCAGACCAUGAGGGAGACACGCACGCAUGCCAUAGGUUGUCUUGUCUUGUGCUAGCUAUCCUGUGCACCAUGUUCUUGUGUAGUAGGUCAGGUUAGGUUGAGACCAGCCAGCGUAUGUAUGGAGAAUGUAUGUACUAUGUUGUAUCCAUAUGGAUCCACCUUGGGCAAGGGAAGCACAUUCAUGUUGUCAACCCACCCUUGUGGCCAUGCAUGCCUGUUGAUGUGCGUCUGCUCUGAAUUACCUGAAGCUCGCUCGCUUGCUCGCUUGCUUGUUGUGAAUCUAUUUACUUAUUAAGCUGUGUCCCGAAACGAAA